AUGCACUUGGUUUCUGUUGGAGUGAGUGAUAGGCACAGUAAAGGUGACUGGUUUGUGUUUGGCAGGUCUCUUCCAGGGAAAAGGCUCUUGUGUUCUGUUAGGUGGGAGGAUGACUCUGUCUUCGCCCUGUCGUCGGGUCAGACUCAGGGCAGGUGUGGGGUGGCGGUGGUUCGGGUCAGUGGUCCGGCAUCAGCGCUCGCUGUCCGCAGCCUGACCCGGGGUCUCCCCGCUGCUCGCACCGACAGCCUCCGCAGCAUCACACACCCUCAGACCAGAGGGCUGCUGUACCUGUGGUUUCCAGUCAGGUCCGAUGGUCCUGGUAGUUUCACAGGAGAGGACAGUGCAGAGUUUCACAUUCACGGGGGUCCUGCUGUCAUUAGUGGAGUCUUACAAGCACUUGGGAGUUUGCCAGGUCUGUGGCCUGCAGAAGCGGGUGAGUUUACCCGACGGGCGUUCUAUGCUGGAAAAUUGGACCUUACUGAAGUAGAGGGUCUAGGUGACCUGAUCCAUGCAGAGACAGAAGCACAGAGGCGACAGGCUCUCCGACAGAUGGCAGGAGACCUGGGCCGCAUUUAUCAAGACUGGAGUGUUCGGCUUAAACGAGUGAUGGACGCAGCUGUUCGGCAGCUGCAGACUGAUGUGGAAAAUCACCUUUCGGAUCAGCGGAGAGGAGAGCGUCUGCGCAGCGGCGUUCAGGUGGGCAUCGCCGGAAGCACCAACGCGGGCAAGAGCAGCCUGCUUAACAUCUCAGCGUCCUGCUGCUAUAGUGUCUCCCACAGCCGGGACCACCAGAGAUGUCGUGGAGGUCCCGUUGGAUAUCGGGGGUAUCCCGUGCUGCUGAGUGACACAGCAGGUCUACGGGACACCACAGACAGCGUGGAGCAGGAGGGCGUCCGGCACGCCCGUCAGCGUGGACACUUGAAGAGUAUCCUUGAGCACUCAUCUCACAGGAGGGAGUGCAUCCUGAUUCUCAACAAAAGUGACCGCAUCUCUGCCGAGCACAAGCGCAGCAUCCAGGCGGCCCUCGAGGAGGCUGGUGAUGUUCCUCCUGCUUGCUUUUUGUCAUGCCACACCAGAGAUGGCCUGGAGGAUCUCCUAUGUGGUGACCCACUGAUCAGCAGCCCGAGUCUGACACAGAGCCGACACCGGACUCACCUGCAGAAGAGCGUGGAGGCUUUGCAGCAGUACUAUCAGUACAGGGAUGUGGACCUGGUGCUGGCGGCAGAAGGGCUUUGUUUGGGCCUCACCAGCCUGGGCAGGAUCACUGGUAAAGUUGGUGCUGAGGAAAUUUUAGACAUCAUUUUCAAAGACUUUUGUAUUGGGAAAUAG